GGAAGGAGAGAUUGAGGAUUCUGCCAUUUUCCCACCUCGUUUUUGAUAAAUAAAAUGAAUAUUGGCAGAAGGAGAUUAAUCUCACCGUUGCUAAUUACGACACAGGGUUAACGCCAGUCUUCGAGAAAGACUGCUGGGCAGAGCGAGGCGAGAAUAUGAUGCACGCGCGCUCAUCCAGCCAUUGCUCUGUCUCGAGCUCGCGGUGUUUUUGACACACAACAAGCUGAGGGAAAUCAAGCGCAACAGUAUUCUUCGUCCUUCACUGGACUAAACUCCAGACAUCGCCAAUUUGGAUUAGGGCGAUAACCUCUGUAAAACACGAAUAGAAAAUGACAUAUCUUUGGGUGGUGCUUGUGUUGAAGUGGAUUUUGCCACCGUAGUAACGUGGCUGCACUCGCCGCUGAUGGGGUGAAGUAGGUUACGCAGAGGUCCUAACGGUGGACCGCAUUUUUCAUCCUGGACAUACAUCUUACACAUGUUACUAAAAAAAAUGCAAGGGGUGACGGGAGAAGCGCCCACAUUGAAUCGGGGUGGAAGGGAAGAGCAGCGUCCCCUCAAGCAGUCCCUGAGUGGCUCACUGUGCCGAAAAUCCCAUUGGAAGUGCCUGCUGCUCACCUUGCUCAUGUAUGGCUGCUUUGGCACACUAGGCUGGUGCUCCCUGUACCGCAUCACCGUAAUGGCAUCUGAUUUCAGUGGAGACAGAGCCCGACUCUACCAUGACAGCCCAUGUUCCAAUGGUUACGUAUACAUCCCUGUGGCCUUCCUGGCUAUGCUCUACAUAGUCUACUUGGUGGAGUGCUGGCACUGUUACUCUAAAACAGCUAACCUUGCUAAGGUGAAAAUCAGCGAGGUGUAUGACAGGAUCCAGCGGCUGCAGCAGGCCACACCUUGCAUUUGGUGGAAGGCCAUCAGCUACCAUUAUGUACGACGUACAAGACAGGUGACUCGCUACCGAAAUGGAGAUGCCUACACCACCACGCAGGUGUACCAUGAAAGGGUCAAUAUGCACGCCACAAGCUCAGAGUUUGAUUACUCUCGACUUGGAGUCAAAGAUGUUUCCAAAGAGCUGCAGGGCCUGUUAGAGCAUCCCGUCACUCGCUUGCGUUUCACCAAGUGCUUCAGCUUUGCCAGUGCCCGUGCUGAGACUGCCUACCUUACACAGAGGGCACGCUUCUUUGGUGACAAUGAGGGUCUGGAUGACUACAUGGAGGCACGGGAAGGUAUGCACCUCAAAAACGUGGACUUUCGAGAACACAUGUUGGCAUUUCCUGACCCAUCAUGGCCACCUUGGUACACACGACGCUGGGUGUACUGGCUCGCCUCUGCUUUUCUGCUGUCUUGGCCUCUUCGCGUGAUUGCGGAGUACCGCACAGCUUACGUCCACUACCAUGUUGAGAAACUGUUUGGAGAGCAUGAGGAUGCAAAUGACAAUGAUAAUACAGCAUCUGGGAACUACUGUACAGGCUUUGUGCAUGGCACUGGUGGUCCCACCUUGCGUGUCAUGUCACGGGUCAACACAGUGGACAUGACUGAACUGGAAUGGCAUAUUCGCUGUAACCAGCAGAUGGUGCCUAGCUACUCUGAGGCCUUGCUUAUGGAUUUAGAUAUGAAUACAAAUACGCCAUUGUCUGUUGCAAUGGCAGCACAUAUGCGUCACAAUUCCAGCUACUUCCUUCAGAGCUGCCCCAGGUGCCGGAGGUCGACAAGCAGUUCCUCGCUCCCAUCCUGGGUUAGGGGGAACAUAGCCACAGGGACAAACUCAUUUCCCAUUAGGCCUGGAGGCAGGCUGUCUCUUAGUCGCAGCGGUUUAUCACUUGGCCGUUUACAUACCACACGAAGUCGCCAUCCUUGUCUGUUUCACUCAAGAAGCCUUGGGGGAGGGAUGGCUGUCAGAGUGGAAGAGGGAGGUGGGGGUUUCCUUGGUCUCGGCUUCAGAGUGCCAGAUGAGGAGAGGAGAGGCGUAUUGGAUAACGAGGGCCUAGAAGAUGAGGUAGAGGACAGAGGCUGGGAACAGGUGGAUGGGAGGGAGAAUGGAGAAAUUGGAGAUGAGGAGAGAGACCGGCCACCCACCUACCAGGAUGCUCUGUACUUUCCAGUAUUAAUUGUUCAUGGGGAAGAGAGCUGUCAUGGGGGGCAUGGCAUUGACACAGGUUAAAAGAACUGUUAUGACGUAAAAAAAAAAUUUCAUAAUGUAGGGCCUAUGGAGUGGCUUUUGUGAAGUAAAGAGAGCCGUUAACAUCUGGGGGGCAGAAUAGACUGAGGAAAGAUUGAAUUGUUUAAGAGGUUGAGGAAUAGAAAUAAGAUGGGGAAAAUACACAAAGUAUGAACAUAAAAGAUUGUCAUUGUGUAAAACUGAAAACCAACUAAUUUGUUAAAGGAAUAGUUCACCCAAAAAUCGCCCUCA